AUGUCCACACAAUUUCCUAAUUACAUGGAUUAUGAAGAUGAUUAUGAAAGAUAUUAUUAGAAACUCAAAAAAGGACCUUUCUUAGAUGAAAUCUAAAUGGAUGAAGCAGAGUCUUAUUUUUAUGUAUUAACAUCAAAUGUAAAUCAUAGAACAACAUAAUCACUACUAAUCUUAUUAAUUAUACUUUUAAGUACAUCCAAAGUUAAAUACAUAAAAAUAUCACUCUUGAAACUUACUUAGUUUUGCAUUCUAAUUAAUUUGAAGAAAUUAGAACCAGAAUUCCACAAUAUGCUAUUAUAAUUACUUUUAAAGGUAUGAAAUAUGGAGGUAUGCUUUGGGAUACAUUGAAUCAAUAAGUAUUUCUCAUUAAUGGAAAUUCUUAAGUUGAAGAUGCUUUUAAAGAUUAACAAAUAUAUCAUAUUACAUCUUAUUCUAAAGAUUUACUGUCUGUGAUCUCUUCUGUAUUUAUUAGAAUCUUAAAUAAUAAGAAUAAAGAUUUAGCUAACAUUAAUAUAAAUUUUCAAGAUUUCAUUAAUCAUUCUCUAAUAAAAUGGGUUUUAUUAAAGUAAUAUAGAAUCAAAUAGAUGAAAUAAAGAGGUGAAUCAUAUUCAAGACUUUUUGAUGAUGAUUUCUUAAAAGAAAUCAAUCAAUCAUAAAAUCAUUCAAGAUUAAAUUAAAAAAAGUAAACUUAAUUAUUACCUUUAAUUUAAAUAAAUAAUCAAUCUAAAUCCUUUUCAGAAUUGGUUUAAGCUGAUUAACAACCAGAUAAUAAAAGAAGUAAACCUACUUCCCAAUUAAGAUAGAGAUCUUUAAUCAAAAUUAAUAAAUAGAUUGAUUUAAGUUAAGAUUAAAAAUAAGAUUCAUUUUUUAAAUAAGGAUAAUAAUAAUAGAACUAAAAUUAAACUCCUUAACUUAAUAAAACUAAUAAUCUUUAUAUCUAAAAUAAUAAUAAAGAAUAAUCAAAUUAAGAGAUAGAUUCCGUUAAAGAAUCUAUUUCAGUAAAAGACUUUCUUGAUGGAAUGAAUAAUUUAAAACAGUAUAUUCUUAAUCAUGAUCCAAAGGAUUAGAAUAUUGCAAGAACAUAUCCCUAUUUCAGUCCUGAAUAAGUACUGAAAUUAAAAUUAGAUGAUUUAGAGAGUAUUUUGUAGGAUUAAGUAAAAGAGAAGAAAAAUAACAUAUAAAAUAUGAAACCAAUAGAGAAAUUAAUGCAUCUGUUAAAAUAUUAUUCAAAAUACAAUCCUCAUCAAUAUUAAAUUAUAGUUAAUCAUUAUUCUGAUUUCAUUAAUGAUAGAGUACUAUUUGCUAUUAUUUAAGUUAUUAGAGAACAUGGGAUUACCUAAGAAUAAAAAAAAUAAUCACAAAAAAUUUUAGUCUUCUCCUAUUCCUUCCUCUAAAUCUAUAGGGAGAGAUUUAAAAAUUGAUUAAGAUCAAGUUAUUAAUCUUAAGUACAAUCAAAAGAUUAAUAUUUAUGAGUAUAAUUAGUUGAAAGACUCUUUAAUUUUAUCUUAGAACAUAAUGGAAAUUUAUAUGAAGUAUUUGUAAGAAACAAUUUAGAGAGUCCUAAUUCUACCUUUAGAAUUUUAUGAAAUUUUGAGUUAGAAUAUGUUAAAGUAAUAAAUAAUAAAUAAAUAGUUAGGGCAAGAAGUUUUACAGAUUAAUAUUAAGGGAGAAAUAAUACAAUAUUUGAUUUAUUUGAUUAGAUUUUGAUUCCAAUAAAGUUAACUAAGAAUGAAUAUGUGGGUGUAUAUAUAGAUUUUAAUUAUAAAAUAAUGUAUUACAUUAAUACAUUAGAGAGAAUUGAGAGUAGAAUAUUAAUUUAUAAUUUUAGGGAAGUUUCCAAUACGUAUAGAAAUAUUAGAUAUGCCAAUAAUAUAAUUUAUUGUAAAAUUUAUAAAAAAUGAAUACAAUGUUAAAGUCAUGAAAUCAUUUAAUAUUUUAAAUUGGAGUAUUUUUAGUAUUGAUAACAUUUGAAAGAAUUUGUGGAAUUUUAGAACGAAUAUGCUUAAGAUAUUACUCAUAGCGGUUUAGUGUUAGUUUACAUUAUUGAUUCAAUUUGCAAUCAUGAAAAUGUAUUGGGAAGCAUUUAAAGAUUGAAAAUGUUCAUGAAUAAAAUUUUGGUUGUAAUAAAAAAAUUACAAAUAGAUAGAUGA